ACGGACAGGUUUAUCAGAACAGCGCGAGAGGAGUGAGCAACUGUCGCGCAACAAUGACGUACUCCUUACGCAACAGUGGUUACGACAAUAUUCCGCGCCUUCCAAUGCUAAUUCCAUGUGAAUGUCGCCGGGUCUGAAUUUUUUGAAAAAAGAAACUGAAAGCCGCUCAACCGAUAUGUGGAUGCCAAGUCUUGAUUUCUAGCCACUCACUUGCUUCACUGAAGAUUCUCCCAAAUGGCCAGCAGGUUUUUGAGCCGGUGCACUCGCCUCUUGGCCGUAUGCCCCCAGGCCUCUUCAGCCGCCGGCCGUCUUCAUACGCUCACAGCUCACCCAAUCACAGAGUAUCCACCAUGGUCCCAGUCCCUAACCCUUCCCUCCAUCAGGCCCCUGAGUCUGGGUGCUGGUCCAGCGCAGGCAGAUGAGCCAACCGUCACAUUUACACGCACUGAACUGGAUAUUCGUGUCGAGAAGGCGACCACACCACAGGAAGUGCUGAGUUUGUGGGUGGAACAAGGCGGCUCCGCCAAUCAAGCGGGCAUGUGUCUGAUCCAACUCAGCCGAUUGGCAGUGGAAAAGAAAGAUAUCAACAGAGAAAGUAUCCUUCAGGACCCUCGCUGUGUGGAUCUGCUAGAGGCUUUGAACUCUCAGGUGAAUGGGAUAUGGAAUGGCACACUGGUUUCUGUCUUGCGUGCUCUCUCCAUUCUUGGUGUCCCAUCCAGCACUCCAGUGAUGUGCUCUCUCCAGACGGAGGCACUGUGGCGGCUCCGGCGCUUCAACUACCGCCACCUUUCCUCUCUGGCGGACUGGGCGUCGGGCUGGAAGAGUCAGGGACAGGGAGAUGAGCUACUGACGUCUGUGCUAAAGCAACUGGAGCUGCGCUGGACAGAGCUGAAUGACCCCCGCACGGUCACCAUGCUCAUGAGCCGAGCCGCAAGACUCUCCCCUCCGCUCAUGGAAAAGCUCGAAGAUAAGGCCCUGGAGUUGGCUGAGAAGUUCAGCACUGAGGACAUCCGCAGGGCGACGUUAGCCGUGGCAUUGCAGGGCCGCCGAUCGGUGCCACUCCUGCGUGCGCUGUCCUACCACCUGCACCAGAAACCAUCUUCUGAACUCAAUACACCACUGCUGCUGGACAUCGUGUUCGCUUAUGGUAAGCUGCAUUUCCACCAGACUCAAGUGUGCCAGAGGAUGGCUGCUGAGCUUUUGCCUAGAUUACCAGAGAUGAGCGCUACUGAAGUCAUGCGCUGUUCAAAGUCUCUAGCCUUCCUGAAGUGGCUCCACCUGCCUCUGUUCGAGGGAUUUACCCAGCAUUUCGUGAAAAACAGUGAAAAGUACAGCACGUUGCAGAUGUGUAACCUCCUCAUGGCCUUCGCCAAGCUCAACUUCCAGCCCAGUAACAAGGAGCCAUUUUACACGAAGGUUCAUGAAGGUUUGGAAAGCUCCUGGAAGAGCUUGGAACCUUUUGUACUGACUGAUGUAGUCUGGGCUCUCUGCGUUUUCCAGCAGGCCAAACCCGAGUUUAUUGCCGCUGUCACAGACCCUGCGUUUCAGAGCAAAGUUACAGGAGGCAGUGGUGCUCGUGCAGAGAACUACGCUUUGAAGGUGCUUCAUAUUGCUGCCUCAGGGCAGCUCGAAUCUGGCAUGCGUGCCUCCGUGCCGCUUCCAGCAGUCCUUGAAAAACAGACCAAGCCCAGCCUAACACCCGUUCAGAGCACCCUACACAAAGCCCUGCACAUCCUCACUGAAAAUCGCACAAAAGCGCUGCGCAAAGACAUCAACACGGUGUACGGGUGGAACAUAGAUGCAGAAAUUGUGGUGGAUUCAGAGAAUAAGCCCAUAGACCUGGAGAACCUGGAAGCGCCACACUUACCUGGAGGGGGCGGCACGGAGCGCUUACCUGAGGGAGCACGCAGGUUGGCUUUUGUGGCCUGGGAGUUCCCUCAUUUUGCAUCCAGGAGCAAAGAUCUCCUGGGCCGCUUCGCCAUGCAGAAGCGCCACCUGCAGCUGGCCGGGUUUCUGCUAGUGGAGGUUCCGUACUUCGAGUGGCUGGAGUUGAAGACGGAUUGGCAGCGAGUGUCCUAUCUGAAGGAUAAGAUCGGGAAGGCUGUAGCUGAGGACAUGGCUAAGUGAGCUUAUGGACUGCAGCACAUCCACAGACCAAAGCAGAACUUCAGAAACACACAGCAGUGCAAAUAAAAUUGGGCUCCCAGUUGUUUAGGUACAGCCGGAGACAAUCAGAGAGUGAAGGUCAUGAAACAUUAGUUUAUUCACCAAUGAUAAAAGUUCAAGGACAUGGAUCUUCAGGAACUUCAUGCAGAAAUUAUAUAACACUGAACACUCAUCUUUACUCAUCACUAAAUUAUAAUUAUGAUGCCAUAAAUUGUGAGUAUCAGAGGUCCCAAAGAUAUUGUCAGCUUAGGUAGUUCAUCAGCAUUCUGUAUACUAUGUACUAUGCUAUGUGAAAAUCUGCUUAUUUCUAAAUGUAUCUUUGUUUCAAGCUGUAAUUUGAAACACAUCUGUAUUUCAGGUGUAUACAACUUUAUUUGGUCAUUAUACAAAUUAAUUCUG